AGAAUUUAAUUAAAUGAGAUGUUGCUGCUUGUCAAUCAUUAUUCUUCUUCCUCUGAGCUUGUGAAGUCAUAACAUUCUUUGUUUUCUGCUGUGUUUGCUAUGUUGCUGUAAACCACAGCAGGAGGGGCUUCAUUUGAGCUCUGCAGGUCUUGUGGUCUUUGAAGAGUUUGUGAAAAUGAACAUCCCAUGAUACGGUGUUAAUUAUUUACCGAUGCUGGGCACUUAAAAUUGCAGUCCCAAACUGAGAAAUCUGGAAAAAACCAGCACAAAAGAAUCAAAGCAACACUCAAUAUAAAAGCGUGCCAGUACCAUUUAUUUUAUUUUUUUUAUAAAGACAAACCAUAGCUGUUCCAACUCUCUUUAUUAGUGAAGUUUUAGAAUAUAGUACAUGGAAGACUUUGGGCUCUUUCAAGAUAUGAUACAGAUUAUCUGUGUCAGGAUUGGUGGAGGUGGAGAUGAGGGAAAGCCAAAAUGCAAAUGGUAAUAAAUGCCAACAAGAAAUAAAAUCUGACAUCUGAAGAAUAGAAGAACCUGCUCACAAAUGAAAAGAAAAUCAAAACAUGAAUACUAGAACCUAACAGGACUGAAGCAUGGGGAAAACGAUAAUCAAGACUAGAACUGAAGACAAGACUAGGAGAAUGAAGAGAUGAGAAAAGGCAUCAGAUACAUGUUUUCGUAUCGAGCAAAACUGCUAAGAGCAGCAAAAAAUAAUAUCCCAUUAUGGGUUGUUUGUUUUUUUCUUCAGCAUGUAUGGCAACAAAAAAUCUGCCUCCAAAAACUCUUCCAUUUUCAACAUCCUCAUCUGUGGAGCAAGUAAAAUGAGUUCAGCUGGGGACUACAGUUACGGGACUGAUGAUGUGAAGGAAGAUCCUCAACACCACCGGAAAGACGGGAGCUUGACUAAGAAGGAGAAAAAAGAAGGACUGAGAAAUCUGGAAAAAACCAGCACAAAAGAAUCAAAGCAACACUCAAGAUUUGCCUUGACUGAAUCCGUUCAACAUGAUCUCCGUAAGAUAAGCAAUGCACUAGAUCAAGUGAAGAAGGAACUUGAAUUUCUUGAAAAAAGGACGAAUGAAACAAAUGAAGAACUUAAAAAAGCAAGGAAGGCUGUAUAUGAAAAAGAUGAAGAGAUGAAAUCAUUGUACGACAGAGUGGCAGGAGAUGUUGCUUCUUCAAUCAAAACAGGAAAAGCCAUCAACCUUAACAAUCCAGUUAGUAAACCAAGGAUAAUAGAAUUAUAUGAAGACCUGAGGUGGAACUGGCCAAAAAUCAAAUCUAGUCUGAGAUCAAAGGGAGGAAAUGAGAACUCGUCUAAAGUCAGAGAACUGAUGCAGAAAGAGUUUUACCAAGCGAAGGCUGAAAUGACAGAAAAGAUUAAUCACAUAGAUGGAGUAUUUGAUCUGAAUAUGGAAAGAAGUGAUACAGCAAAUCCAAAGGUAAAGGAGUAUCGACAGUUAACUAUUUAGAAUCUGCAACUUGCAAUCUACAGUGAGAAACAACAGGAUUUGAAGAACCCCACACCACUACAUCAAUGUAAGACCUUUCAGGAUGUGGAGGAUUAUUUGA